UAUUUACAUAGUCUCCUAUCUCUUCUGACUUCGCCGACUCUACAUUAUAUCUAGGCUCUCUCGACUUUGACUAUAUGUUUUGUUGGGUAUGAUAUUCUUAUAUUUAAAGCUAUUCUAAUAACUCUUUAAAUUCUAUUACUUUGUUAGAUUUACUAUCCAAGACUCAAGGCCCCGGAUAUACUCCAAUGACUAUCACAGCAGACGACAUCGCUGAAUUGGUACAAAAACAUUACAAUUCUCUUCCAGCAAAGAGGAAACCACUCUUCAGAGGCAAUGGAUUACGCGAGUGGGUGCCUCUGGCUGGAAUAGUAGCUCAAGGAAAACAUGGUGAACUCAAGUGUCUAGCCCUCGCGUAGGUCAGCCUCUCAGAAUCUCACGGUCCCUAAACACGUUCACCUGGGCGAUAGCAGAAGCCCCUAAGAUCUGACAUGGCGCCGGUCUAGGACAGGCAUGAAAUGCCUCCCCAUGUCCAAAGUAUCGCAAGCACAGGGGAACGUGCUGCACGACUGGCAUGCGGAAGUGCUGGCUAUACGGACAUUUAAUCGCUUCGUACUUGACGAGUGUAAAGCACUGGCUCAAGGGCACUCGUCUGAGUUUCUACGAUGGAGGACUACCGAUGAGAUAGCUUCGAGUUGUUGUGAUGAUCCUCAAGUAGGGGAAUUAGAAGGACAAGGAAGUGAAUGGUGUGGACAGCCUUUCGCUUGGAGGGAGGAUAUCCUCCUACAUAUGUACUGUUCUGAAGCACCUUGUGGCGAUGCAAGCAUGGAGCUGAUAAUGGCGGCUCAAGAAGACGCCACGCCAUGGGAACUACCAUCAGUAAAUCUCGCCGGCCCCCUUUCCACUACUGAUCCCUCAACCUCCCUACCCGGCCGCGCCUACUUCUCCCAACUAGGCGUCGUCCGGCGGAAACCUGCCCGUUCGGAUGCGCCGCCUACGCUGUCCAAGUCGUGCUCCGAUAAACUAGCUUUACGGCAAUGUGUCUCGCUGCUCUCGUCUACAACCGCACUCCUAGUCGACCCGCGCCACGUCUACAUACACACCCUAGUCAUGCCGGAAUCCCGGUACUCCGAGUCAGCAUGUCGCCGCUCGUUCUCCUCCUCUCCUAUAGACGGACGUAUGAGAAGCAUGGGAUCGGCGGGAAAACGAGAAAAACUAAAAGGAGAAGGAGAAUCUCCUUACACUUUCCGCCCCUUCGCCAUCAAAACAACGACAUACGAAUUCGCCUUUUCCCAGCGGACCGUAACCCAAGCUGCCACCAGAAGCUUCAACCAAGAUGUCACCACCAACGAGCAGAAGAAACCAACUGGGCAGAAAGUAUCAGCCAGCAACAUCUCGGCAGCUUGGACGCGCUCCGGCCUCGAGGAAACGACGUUAGGCGGCAUCCUACAGGGACGGAAACAAUCCUCAGUCGACGCACGAGGGGCCAGCUUCGCUUCGAGGCGGAGGAUAUGGGGACUUGCUGUUGAGGUAACCGAUUUACUUUUACUACGAGCGGGACAGGGGAAAGAGGUAGAACCUGUGAAUACUUCCGCUAUUGCUGAUAUACGAAAGGCGCUUACGGCAGAGACGUACGGCGAGAUGAAGGGCUGUGCAUUACUAGAGCCUCGAAGGCGAGCCAAAGACAAAGCUAGAGCGGAAGCACUAAAAGGAUGGGUAAGGAAUCUAGGCGAUGAAACCUUCAACCUGUAAUUAUAGUAGGUAGGUAGGUUAGUUCAUAUAUAUCCUACUCAAAAGCACAAUAUGCACACGCAAGGCGGUCAAUAAAC